AUGGGCACCGAAUAUGAAAAAGAUCAUAUCAAAAAGCUGCAGGAGCAGCGAAUGUCCAUGCAAAAGAAAACCUUCACCAACUGGAUGAACAAUGUCUUCUCCAGGAAUAAUGUAAAGAUUGAGAUAGAAGAUAUUUACACAGAUUUGAAGGAUGGCAUCUCUCUCAUGAAACUCCUGGAGCUGCUCUCUGGAGAAGCUUUGCCCAAACCAAGCCGAGGACAGAUGAGAGUGCAUUUUCUAGAGAACAACAGCAAAGCCAUCACAUUUCUGAAAUCCAAGCAGGUACAAGUAAAAGUGAUUGGUCCUGAGAAUAUCGUAGAUGGCGACAGAACCUUAAUCCUGGGCCUUAUCUGGAUCAUCAUACUUCGAUUUCAGAUUUCAUCUAUCAAACUUGAUAAGGAAGAGUUUGGAGGUAGAGCUGAUGUUCUAUUUGCCAAUGAAGCCUUAUUGCUAUGGUGUCAGCAUAAAACUGCCAGCUAUUCCAAUGUGAGUGUGAAGGACUUCUCCAAAAGUUGGAGUGAUGGGCUGGCCUUCAAUGCACUCAUACAUGCUCACAGGCCUGAUCUUAUCCACUAUAGCUCACUGCGGCAGGAGCAGCCCAUUAAAAACCUGAAUAAUGCCUUUGAUGUGGCUGAGAAAGAGUUUGGAAUCAGCAAACUGCUUGAUGCUGAGGAUGUGGCAGUGCCCUACCCAGACGAGAGAUCCAUCAUGACUUACGUGUCACUCUAUUACCACUACUUCUCCAGACUGAAACAAGGCCAGACAAUACAAAAAAGACUUAACAAGAUUGUGUUCCUCCUGAAGGAGAUAGAUGACUUGAAGCUUCAGUAUGAGCAGAUGGUCUCUGACCUCCUGAAAUGGAUUAGACAGAAGGUGGUGGAACUGGAUGACCGUCAUUUCCCCAACUCUCUUCAGGAAAUGUGGCUGCUCAUGGCCAACUUUAAAACCUUCCGCACUGUGGAGAAACCCCCCAAGUACCAAGAGAAGGGCAUGAUUGAAGCUCAUCUCUUCAACAUCAGGACCAAGCAGAGAGCCAACAACCAACGGCCAUACUUGCCCCCAGAGGGGAAGACGCUGCAGGAUGUGGAAAAGCACUGGAUCAUCCUGGAAAAGUCGGAGCACAACCGUGGAAAAGCGCUGCAGAAGGAGAUGCUGAGGCUGGAAAGGCUGGAACAGCUAGCCCAGAGGUUCCUGAAGAAGGCAGCCCUGCGUGAGUCCUACUUGGAAGACAUGAGGAAGGUGAUUGGGAAGCAAGACUUCUGGCCAGAGAGUGUGGACAGGAUGGAGGCUGCCAGUAAGAAGCUGGAAGCCAUUGUGGCAGAUGUGCUGCCCAGGAGGGAACGCUUCACAGCUUUGGAUGAAAUGGCCUCCGCUAUCAGCCAGGAGAACUAUCACAGCAAAGAUCAAAUCUUGCAGAAGCAAAGGAACAUUUCAAAGCAAUGGCAGGAUCUCCUGGAUCAGCUGCAGAGACGAGAACAAUCCCUGGGAACCAUGCAGGAAAUUCUGGGCCUCCUGAGGGACAUAGAUGCCAUUACAGAGGAGCUGAAAGAGCUGCAGGUGCUGGUGAAUUCCCAGGACUGUGGGAAGCAGCUCCUUGAAGUAGUAGAUUUGCUGCAGAAUCACAACUUGGUUGACUCACAGAUCUCUUCCUAUGAUGACAGAUUGACACACAUCACCCAGAGAACAGCAGAAAUCAGCAAGGACAGCACAGUUAAAUCAGAACUGCUUCAUGCAAAAGUUCAGAUGCUUCGUCAGCUGUACCAGAACCUCACAGCUCAGAGCAAGUCACGUAAAUCUCAGCUAGAAGAAGCCUUGAAGCUUUUUGAAUUCUUCCGUGAUUGCAAAGAGGAAGAAUCAUGGAUCUCUGAGAAGUGGAAGCUGGCAAGAAUGACAACAUUAGGGAAAGAUGUCAGCCAGAUCACAGCCUCCAUUCAGAAAAACAAGGCUCUUGAGGCAGAGUGCAACUCACACAGGGCCAUAUGCACGGAAGUGAUGAGGAAGGGCUGGGAGCUCAGCCAGAAGAACCCCACGCGCCAGGACGACAUUCUGAGGCAGACAGACAACCUCCAGAAGCUGUGGCAGCAGCUCCAAGAUGAGAUUGCUGAUCGCAAAGGCCGCCUGCAGGCAGCAGCCCUCAUCAAACAGUACUUCGCUGACGCCGACGAGGCGGACUCGUGGCUGCGGGAGAGGCAGCCCCUGCUCGCCAGCCAGGACCACGGCAAGGAUGAGUCGGGCGCCGAGGCGCUGCUGCACCGUCACCUGCGCCUGGAGAAGGAGAUCGCGGCCUACUCCUCCGAGAUGAGGCGCCUCAAGGAGCAGGCUGACGUCGCGGCCCGGCACGCUCCAGCCGCAAUGACAAAGAGGGAACCUCCAAGUGACUUAAACCAAAAGACAGCUAAGCUACCAUUCAGUCGAACCUGGGCAACAUCUGAAACUGCAUCCACUGGAACCUCAAGUCUGGAUGAUCAUUUUCUUCCAGAGAAUAUCCGGAAGACCCAAGAAGAAAUAGAUUCACUUUAUGAGCAUCUACAGAGCAUGGCUGAGGACAGAAAAAAGGCUCUGGAGGAGAUGAUUGGAUAUUAUCGCUUCUGUAGCUCUUGUGAAGAAUUUCAGUCAUGGAUGAGAGAUAAAGAGAACAUUUUCCGCACUCUUCAACCACAAGCUGACAAUGUGGAGGUCAUGCAACAGAAAUAUCAGAGAUUUUUAACGGAACUGGCUGCAGGCAAAGGCCAGCUGGAAGACAUUGAAAACUUAGCUGCUAAAUAUGGGAAGAUCAGUCCCAGUAAAUAUUUUGAGAUCCAGACUUGGAUGGAAAAGAUCAACAUCAGGUGGCAAUCCAUGGAAACGCUGAAGGAGGAGAAAGGCUCUGAGCUGAUUGGAGUGGCUGAUGUGAGGACAUUUCUUCAGGACUGUCAGAGCAUAGGGGUACUACUGCAAGACAAGAUGGUCCAACUCAGGGAUCUGGAACCAGGGAACUUGCCUGCUGGACUGGAGUCAGACAAGCGCAAACUGUACACAAUUGAGAGAGAGGUCCUGGUGACAGAGAGGAAAAUUGAAUACUUGAGGAGUGUUGCAAAAUCGAUCAAAGACACCAACCCUGCAGAGAGCAGGGCCAUCACUGAGCAGGUAGAAAACAUGGAGAGGCUUCUGGCAGAGCUCAAGCUGGAGAUCCAAAAGAAGCGAGACAUUCUGCAGUGGGCCCAAAACCAGCAGUCCUUCCUGCAAGACAGCCGCAGGCUCCUGCUGUGGGCAGAGGGCAUUCGGGAGAAACUGAGCAGUGAAGAAAUGGGUCUGGACGUGGGAUCUGCAGAGCAAUUGCUGAAGGAACAUCAAGACCUGCUGAUAGAAAUUGGCUCUCAGAAUGAGAGAUUUCUGCAGCUUGAAGAGCUUGGGCGCAAAGUAGUUGACCAACAACCCAGUAACAACAGGAGCCGAGAUGUCCACCAGACCAUGGAGAGGCUUGCCAAGGAGAACAAAGAGCUGGAGGAAAUGUGGGAAAAGCGAUGGAAAAAGCUGCAGGAUGGCCUGGAAUUGCAGAAGUUCAACAGGGAGGGAGACCGUAUCAAUGCAGCCCUCUCUGGCCACGAGGCCUUUCUCCGGGGGGAUGACCUUGGGGACCAUGUAGAUGCUGUUCGAAGCCUCCUGAAGCAGCAUCAGGAAUUUGAACAACUGCUGGUGGCACUGAAGAGACGAGUGGAAGCACUCAAUGAAAAUGGGGUGAACCUACUAGAGAGCAGGCACUUCGCAUCUCAUGUUAUUGAAGAGAGAAUGGUCACUCUCCGGAGAAGGUGGGAGCAACUGAUACAAAGCAAUGCCAAGCGAAAACAGAGGUUGUUGGAUUCCCUGCAACUACAGGAGUUUAAUCGUGAUGCUGCUGAGCUUUUGAUAUGGAUGGAAGAGAAGUACAAGAUUGCAUCAGAUGAAUCCUAUCGAGAUCCAACAAAUGUUCUACGCAAGCUGAAGUGGCAUGAGGCUGCUGAGAAGGAAAUGUUGGCUAAUGAGGAGCACUUUACAACACUGAUUAAGAAAGGAAAUCAAUUGAUUCAAGACAACCAUUACGCUGCAGUUUCUGUCCAGGAGAAGAUGUCAGAGCUUCAGAAGAAGUGGAGGGAAUUGUAUGGCAAGAUGAUAGAGCGAGGUGACAAACUGCGACAAGCUGGACAGCAGGAACAACUCAUGGAACUGCUGCAGGAUGCCAAAAAGAAGAUAGAAAAAAUUGAGAAAGUUCUUCAGGAAUCUGAGACAGGCCAUGAUUUGCGCUCGAGCCGUGAUCUACUCAAGCAGCACAGACAGCUGGAAAAUGAGACACGUGAGCUGGCAGAGAAAAUGAAUGCCAUUGUAUCUCAUGCAAGGAAAAUGGCCACCAAUCACUUUGACUCCCAGAGGAUUCUGGAUGAAACACAGAAAUAUCUGAAAAGGUUUGAGUCUUUGCAAGCGCCUCUUUAUGAGAGGCAUAAGUUGCUGGAAGCUGCUGUGGAUCUUUAUGAGUUCUACCAUUAUCAUGACAUGGAACUGAACUGGAUCAAUGAGCGCUUGCCUAUUGCCCAUUCCACCAACUGCGGGAAAUCCUUGGAUGCGGCUCAAAACCUGUUGCAAAAGCACAAGGAACUGCAGGCAGAAGUGAAUGCCCACAAACAGCAAGUCCAGCGGGUCCUGGAUAAAGGAAAGGCGAUGAUUGUAGACCAGCACCCAUCAGCUCAGAAAAUAAGUGAGAAAUGCCAGGAGCUUCUGACUGCCUGGCAGGGCUUGGAGACAUCCUCUGAGGAAAGGAUGAAGCAGCUGCAGCACUCAGUUGGCUUCCAGGAGUUUUUAAUGAAUACAUCAGACCUGGAGGCUUGGAUAGCAGAAAAAUAUCCACUCGUGACAAGCAAGGACUAUGGUAAAGAUGAAGAUGGAACACUGAAACUCAUCAAGAAACAUAAGGCACUGGAGCAUGAGAUUGCCAUUUACCAGGAUUUGCUGAAAGAACUGAGUGAAAGUGCCCAAACUCUUCCUCUUGUGGGCUCUAUCCAGUGCAUUGAGGUUGAUGCACCAAGGGAACAAGUUCAUUCAAGGCUCCAGGAGCUGCAGGAGCUAGCAGCAGCAAGAGGGAAGAAGCUCGAUGAAACUCUUCUCUUGCAUGAGUUUCUACAAGAAUAUGAAGAUCUGGAAGACUGGAUCACUCGGCAGAAACAAACAGCCAGCUCUAAAGACUAUGGAAAUGAUUAUGAACAUGUUUUGCAACUUUGCGCCAAAUACGAUGCAUUCCGACAUCAGUUGGAAGCAGCUGGGAGAAGAGUUGUGGCUUUCCAGCAGCUGGCAGACAACUUGCUGAGCCAAGGGUACUCUGAGUCCUGGGAAAUUCGGCAGAUGCAGAAACAACUGAGGAACUCUUGGGAGGAACUGUUGGAAAUGACCAGAUCACGAGGUGAGCAGCUGAGAGAUGCUGAGGCGAUUCACAAGUGUUACCAAGAUCUGACAGAUGCUCUGGCCCAUAUUGAGGAGAAAUCCAAAAGUAUUCCAGAUGAUGUUGCCAAGGACAUGAGAGGUGUGCAAACCCAGCUCCGGAACCAUGUGGCUUUGGAGCACGAGCUCUCUGGGAAUGAGCAGCAGCUGCAGGAGCUGAUCCACGCUGCUGACCAGGUGCUGCCCCAUUGCUCCAGGAAGCAGGUGGAAGACCUGAAGGCAAAGCAGCAGGCAGUGGUGGCCAACUGGAAGGCCCUGAAGUCCAAAGUGGAGCAGCGCAGGAGGCUCCUGGAACAAGCCCACAAGCUCUAUGAGUUUCAGGCACAUGUGUGGGACUAUUUCUUAUGGACAGCAGAAAUCAUAAGGGGAAUGAGAGCCAAGGAGUCUAUCCGGGACAUAUCUACCAGCAGCCUGAGACUCACCCAGCACCAGCAGCUGCUGGCAGAGAUCGAGGCACGGGAGGAGAAGUACAGCCACGUUGUACAGCUAGGACAGUCCCUCUUGCAAGAUGAGGAGAUGCCAUCAAAAGAGAUUCAGCAGAAGCUACAGGCUUUGUUGGAAGAGAAGAAAAAUGUAUACAAUGCAUGGAGAGAGAAGAAGGAGUGGCUGGAGAAAACACACCAAGAACAAAUGUUCUACAAGGAUUGGGAUCACCUUGACAUGCUCCUGAACUCACAGGAGGUUUAUUUGAAAAGCAGUGACCUCGGAAGGUCUGUAGAUGAAAUAGAGCAACUGAUAAGGAAACAUGAGGCUUUUGAGAAGCUUCUGGCAUCACAGGAUGAGAAGAUGAUGUCUCUUCAAGAACAGGCAAGGAGGUUGGAAAAGGCUGAUGGGCUAGAAGGGCAAAAGAUUCAGCACAAACUGGAUGUCAUUCAUGAGAGGAAGCGUCAGAUCAAGGAUCUAUCCCAGAGCAGGCGAGAGAAGCUGCAGACCGCCCUUCUUCUGGCACUUUUCUACCAAAACUUGGAAGAGGCAGAGGAUUGGAUCAGUGAGCGCAUGCAGAAGCUGGAGGAUCCCUCCAUACAAGACCCCAGCAAUCUGCAGGACAAGAUGAAGCUGCUGCAGAAACAUCAGGUCUUUGAGGCAGAGAUUCUGGCAAAUGAAGAAAUCAUCACAGCUGUUAAUAAGAAAGGAGAAGCCCUGGUAUCAAAAGGCCACCCAAAAUCAGGAGAGAUCCGUCGCCAAGUCCGCAUGCUUCAGGAGCACUGGGAGAAGUUGAAGAGAGCUGUUGCUGCUCGUGGAAAGAUGCUGGAGGACAGUCGGGACUUCCUAGAAUUUCUCCAGAAGGUGGACCAGGUGGAAGCCUGGAUCAGGGAGAAGGAGGUCAUGAUUAAUGUGGGUGAUGUGGGAAAUGACUAUGAACACUGCCUGCAGCUCAAGAAAAAGCUGAAUGAGUUCCGUGGAGCAACAUCAGGGGAGUCAACAGUGGAUGAUGCUCACAUCAGGACUAUCAAUACCCUGGCCAUGAAACUGGAGAGACAGAACAAGGAAGAAACAAAGACAAUCUAUGAGCGCCGAAAGCAGCUCAAUGAGAAGUGGAACAGUUUUCAUGGUAACCUGAAUGCAUACAGGAAGAAGUUAGAGGGAGCCCUAGAGAUUCAUGCCUUAAUCAGAGAAAUAGAUGACAUCACAGAAAGAAUUACUGAGAAGAGUGCAUUGAUACAAGCACUGGAUUAUGGAAAAGAUGUGGAAAGUGUGGAAAACCUGAUUCGAAGACAUGAAGAAAUGGAGAGAGAAAUCAGUGUUAUUAAGUCCAAAAUGGAGCCACUGGAACUGGAAUCUUUCCGUCUCUCCACAAGGAAUCCAUCCAUAAAUGACAAACUGACUAUGAAGCAACAGGAGAUGAAAAACAACUGGCUCCGACUCCAAGGACAGGCCAAACAAAGGAAGGAGAAGCUGGCGGCCUCGUACCAGCUGCAGAAAUUUAACCUGGAGAUGAAGGAGAUGCUCGACUGGGCGCAGAACACCAGGGCUUUGAUGGAAGCAGCGGGGCUGCCCAAGAGCGCCAGCGAAGCCGAAAGCAUGAUAGAGGAGCAUCAGGAGAGAAAGGAGGAGAUUGAAGCCCGAGGGGAAAGGUUCAACGCUCUCAGUGACUAUGGUAGAGAACUUGGCAAUUCUGGUCACUAUGCAACCCCUGAGAUUCGCCAAUCCCUCUUCAGACUGCAGCAAGCCUGGUCGGAGCUGAUCCAAGCAUGGAAAGAGCAAUAUAUUAAAUUGUUUCAGGCACAAGAUUUACAGAAAUUCUAUGGCUACGUGGAACAGAUUGAGAGCUGGCUCAGCAGCAAAGAGGCCUUCCUAGCUAAUGAGGACUUAGGGGACUCAGUGUCUAGUGUGGAGAGCCUGCAGUGGAAACACGCACAGUUUGAAAAAGCCCUGGAAGCUCAGAUGGAGAAAAUCAAUGAGAUGGCUUCAUUUGCUCAGCAGCUAACACAGAACAAGCACUAUGACUCAGAAAAUAUCAGCAGCAGAUGCCAGGCUGUUCUGAGGAGAAAACAGAGACUGCUGGAGAAUGCUGCUGCUCGCAGACAUUUGCUAGAGGAAUCAAGGCUUCUGCAGAAGUUCCUGAAGAAUUCUUUUGAGGUGGCUGCCUGGAUUAACGAGAAGAACAGCAUUGCCCAGGAUGAUAGCUGGAAGGAUCCAAGCAAUCUGCAGACCAAACUGCAGAGGCACCAGGCUUUCCAAGCAGAGAUCAUGGCCAAUAGAAAUCACUUGGACUCCAUCAAAUCAGAAGGGGAGAAGAUGCUCCAUGAAAGGCACUAUGCCCCAGAAGCCAUUCAGUCCAGACUACAAGAAAUGGAAGAGCUGUGGGAAGAGCUGCUAGCAAGUUGCCAGGAUAAAUGGACCAAACUGCAGGAUGCUUACAAGGGUCUUCAUUUUCAGCGAAAUGUAGAGGACACGGAGAAAUGGUUGGAAGGUGUGGAAAAUGACCUGAAAGCACCAUACAAUGACAAUGAUCUGGUGGUUUUGAACAGUCAUCUGAAGAAACAAGAGGAACUGGAGGAAGACAUUGCUGCCCAUAGGGACCGGCUGCAAGAGCUUGUGGUCACAGCUCAGCAGUUCCAGAAGGAGAAACAUUUCCUUGCUGAUGAACUAGAAGAGAAAGUGGAUGAACUGGUGCAGAGGUACAAAAGGCUACGUGACCCUCUGCAGGAGAGGCGGGGAAGUCUGGAGGCAAGCAGACUGCAGUACCAGUUCUUCCGAGAUGUUGAUGAGGAGCUGGCUUGGGUUCGUGAGAAGCUCCCCAUGGCUUCCUCCAAGGAUUAUGGCCAAUCCCUGGUAACCAUUCAGAGUCUACAGGAGAAGCACCAGAACCUGGAGAAUGAGAUAAACAGUCGAGAUGCUUUGACCAAAGCAGUGAUCAGUACAGGACAGAAACUGGUAAGGGGAGGCCACUCAGCCUCUCGCAAGAUUUUAGAGCAUCUGAAGGAGCUUGAGACUUCUGUAGAGACCUUGAAGGCAGAAGCUCAAGAGAGGAGACAGAGGCUUAUGCAGUCCUAUGAGGCCCAUCUGUUCCUAAAUGAGCUGCUGGAGGUGGAGGCAUGGCUGGCAGAGAGGAGUUUCAUUCUGGAGACCUCUGAUUACGGGAAGAAUGAAGAAUCCACACAAGUUUUACUUCGUAAACUUGAAGCUACCAAACUGGACAUGGAUAGCUUCGGGUUGAGGAUCGAGAAAAUACAGGAGACAGGAGCCAGCUUAAUAAACAAAGACAGUCCAGAGAGUUCGGUAAUACUUUCAAAGCUCCAGGGGAUCCUAGCAGACUAUCAGUCUCUCCUACAGAAGUCUGACACCCAGAGAAAACGCCUGCAAGAACAACUCCAGCUCUAUCAGUUUGAAAGAGAAUUCCAGCUGGUAGAUGCAUGGCUUUCCAGUAAACUGUCUGUAGCAGAGUCUGAUGACUAUGGGCAGGACUUAGAUGAUGUUGAGGUGCUGGAGAAGAAGUUUAAAGAUUUUGUAAAUGAGAUGAAACCACUGGGACAUUCCAAAGUUGUCUCCUUAAAUGAGUUAGCAUCUAAACUGGAUAAGGAAGGCCACAGCAAGAUGGAUGUUAUCCAGAAGAGAACUAAGCAAAUCAAUGAAAUGUGGGAGAAACUAUGCAAUGCCAUUGAUAUAAGGACAGAGAAUCUAAGAGCAGCCCGUCAAGUUCACCAGUAUGACCAUGAUGUGGAUGAAGUAAAGGGCUGGAUGCAGGAGAAAGAGGCAGUGGUAGAUAUAGAAGAUUAUGGGUAUGAUCUUCCAGGUGUACAGACACUUCUCAGCCAUCUUGAGGGAGUAGAGAGAGAUCUGGGAGUCAUCAUGAAAGAGCUGGAACGGAUUCGAGGAGACGCUUGGCACCUCAGCCGCACGUACCCUCAAGUUAAGGAGAACAUCAUGGAGAGGCUCACAGAUGUGGAUGAGUGCUGGGAAAACUUGGACAAAAAGUUUCUGGAGAGGAAGGCAAGACUGAGCCAGGCAGAACAAGUCCAGCUCUACUUCAAUGACUGCAGGGAGCUGAUGGCCUGGGCCAACGAGAUGCAUGCUCUGGUGAUAUCUGAGGAACUGGCAAACGAUGUCCUGGGAGCGGAGCUGCUCAUCAAGCGCCACGAGGAGUACAAGCGCGAGAUAGAGAAGCAGUGGCUGAAAUAUGAAGAAAUGCAGCAGGCAGGAGGUGACCUGAUGAAGAAGGGGCAUUUCAUGUCUGUAGAGAUUGAAGAAAAACUGUUAGAGCUGUCUGAGCUGAUGAAGAAGGUAAAGGAGAGCUGGGACAUGAGGAAAGUGUUAUAUGAAGAAAACUGGGAGAUCCAAUUGCUCCGCAGAGAGCUUGAACAAGCAGAAGCGUGGCUGGCUGCCAAGGAGAGCUUUCUCUCAGACCCAUCCUAUGGGGAUUCAGUGUCUGAAGUAGAGGAAUUAUUGAAGAAACAUCAUGAUUUUGAGAAGAUGCUUGCAGCGCAGGAAGAGAAAUUUGCUCAGCUCAGCAGGAAAACCAAGAGAGAGAUGAAUCUCCUGAAACAAGUGGACACAGAAGAAAGUGAGCAGAAGGAUAAAGGCAAAAUCGUCCGGGUUCCAUCUCUGAGAAGAAAACCAUCUGACAAAAGGAAUGCGCCACCAAAAGUGACAGAGACCAAGAGCACAACGCCACUGCCACCUGUGCCCGCACACAGCGUGUCCUGGAGGGUCCCACUUGAAACUAUUUUCUCUCCCAUUGAAAAAUCUCCAACAAGGUUCCAAGAAUUCACUUCCUCGGAAGUCCCUGAAGCGCAGAGCAGCAACAAAACCGAAAUGAAAGCUGAGACAAGGCUUGGUGAGAUUAUCACUCCAGCCACACCAAAGGCACUGGGCCCACAAGCUGCAUCUUUAGAAAGUCGCAGUUCUUUAGGCUCUCCUUUAUCUCCUCCUCCUAUAAGCCAACAACUCAGCAGCAAUGUGUCAGAAUCACAAGCCACCGACCACAGAUCUCCUCAGGAAAAAGAUACUGUAGGCUCCUCUUUCUCCAGCCUGCAGACCACACCAACAGCAGCACCACCCGAGCCUGGACAAAGGUCACCAGAUAACUCACCAAACUUACUGCUGUCUAGCUCCUCUUGGGAGAGAUUAAAGAAUACAUCUUCAGUUCCUGCAAGUCUCCAGAACAUGGAGGGUUUCCUAGAGAAGCGCGACCAGCUCCUUCCACGAAGACAACAGCCACACUCAAGGUCUUGGAAAUCCUUCUAUGUAAAACUUGAUGGAUUAAAGCUUGAUUUCUAUGAUGAUGACAAAGAAGCAACUAAGAACAUAUCCACAGUCCUGUCCCUCAGCAUUUCUGGUGCCAAAUGUGAGAGGCUGGUGAAUUACAGCAGGAAGGAGAACGCCUUCAUGCUGCGGCUGAGAGAUGGGGCAGAGUAUUUCCUUGCAGCACCUUCUCAGACACUGAUGGAGGACUGGCUGCAAUCACUACAGAAUAAUAUAGGACAUGGUAACAGAUCCCAUUCUACAGCGAUGGCGCAAACUUUCCUUUCAAACACAGAGACCUCCCAGAAAAGAGCAUGGGGUUUUCCAGACAGGGACUCUGCUGAAAGACUAAGCAGCAAAGGCUCGCUGCUGAGGAGAACACCUUCCUUCAAAAUCAAACCAGAGAGAGAGUCUGCAGAAAUUUCCAGAGAUUUUAAGAAAGAUGGACCCACAGUGACACAAGCCCCAGUCACCACCCUAAGCCUAGAACAAAGUGGAAAUAAAACAAAACUGCUUCCCUCUCUACUAAAAGCAGGAAGAGAAAAAUGACAUUUGCCUCAAUGAAUUGCAGACAAUUAUAACUUAACUCAUCCCUCUGGAAAUGUAUUAAUAUGUUUUAAAUUAAUAAUUUCCC